UUCAACGAUCGCGCCAAUUCAUUUUUCUUUCUGUUUACUAAUUUUAGUAACUUUAUCUUAGUAUAUUUACUUUAUAGUUUAUUUAAUUUCUUUAUUAUUAACGUCGUCACUCAGUGUUAACAUAAAAGUGUUAUUUUGGUGGUUAUAAUGCAGAAAACAAAAAAGAAAAAGGGUGAUGAGGAACCGAUGGAAGUUGACGAAAAUCCCACAUCAUCACAGAACUGUGAUGAAAACGUUAACGACGAAAUCGACCACAUAUCAGAUGAUGAAGAAGGUGGUAUGCGUAUCGGUGAUAUUUACAUACCUCCGGCCCCAAAACCUGCAUUGACCUUUGAUGCUACGGGACCAAGAUUGUUGAUCACACAUAUUGUCAAUGAAAACUUCAAAAGUUAUGCUGGAGUACAAACAUUGGGUCCUUUUCAUAAGAGUUUCACAGCCAUAAUAGGUCCAAAUGGGAGUGGAAAAAGCAAUGUUAUUGAUUCUAUGCUGUUUGUGUUUGGAUACCGAGCAACAAAGAUACGGUCCAAGAAGAUCUCGGUACUGAUUCACUCCUCCAGCAAGUUUCCGAACAUAACCAGCGCCAGUGUAGCUGUACACUUCUGUCAGAUCAUUGAUGGGGAAGGCGAAGACUACACUGUGGUCCCAAACAGUGAGAUUGUGGUGUCCCGUACAGCGUUUAAGGAUAAUUCCUCAUAUUACAACCUCAAUGGUCGAAGAGUGCAGUUCAAGGAAGUCGCCAAAAUGUUAAGAUCACACGGAAUUGAUUUGGAUCACAAUAGAUUUCUUAUUUUACAAGGUGAAGUAGAGCAGAUCGCCAUGAUGAAGCCUAAAGCUCAGACAGAACACGAAUCCGGCAUGCUGGAGUAUCUGGAGGAUAUUAUAGGAACAUCUAGAUAUAAGGAACCUAUAGAAAAGCUGUCAGUCAAAGUGGAGGAAUACACAGAGAUGCGUAAAGAGAAACUGAACAGGGUCCGUUUGGUGGAACAAGAGAAACAGAAGUUGGAGCAGCCUAUGAGGGAGGCCGUUGAGCAAAUGAACUUAACCAAUACAGCGCUGCGCUCAAGGAAUAUGUUACUACAGAAAUAUAUACACGAAACCAACAAAAUUAUACAAUCCAAAGAGAAAGAAAUGGAAGAAGUCAAGGAAAAGUUGUCCCAAAUUGACGAGAAAUUAACAAAACUAAAAGAGGAACUGCAAGAAAAAACAACUGUUCUUAAAAAUGGUACCCAAAAAUAUGACCAACUACAGAAACAAAAAGAAGGAGUAUCAGAGAAGUUACAAGCUUGCAAAAAGAAGAUGGUGUCUGUAGUAGCAGAUACGACACAGUCCAAUAAGAAAAAGAAGAAUCUAGAACAACUGUUAGAGCAGGAGAAAGGGAAACUUAUUGAUUUAGAGUUGAUUCCAGAUAAAAAUAAAAGGGAGAUUGAAGAUUGCGAGAAAUUGCUUGUAAAGCAUAAAGAGAGCAAGAAACAAUCAGAAGAGGAGUUACAAACAGUUAUGGCUGGUGUCAGAUCAAAAACUCAAGGUUUACAAGAAACCAAAGACAGGUUACAAGCCAAGCUCAUGGAUCUCAAGAAGAUAGUAGACGAGGCCAAUAAAGAGUACAAGUUAACAGAAUCCGAACUCAAGAUCUAUGUCAGCACAGAGCAGAAGGAAACAGAGAGGUUGGAGAAGAUGAAAGAAGCAUAUGAAAAGGCGGCCAAUGAUUUACAAGAGAAGAAAGGCUUACAAGAAGAAUUAUCAACAACUGUGCCUUCAAAUGAAAAGCAACUGCAAGAAAUGAAAACCCAAUUACAAUGGUUGAAAUCUGAAGAGUCGACGGUGUCAAGAGAAGUUAGAAAUUUGAGGGCACAAUUAGAAGAGUCGAGGCAAGCAAUGAGCGCGAACAGGUCUCGAGGAAGAGUGUUGGACUCGCUCAUGAAGGAGAAAAGAAGUGGACGGUUGUCUGGAAUAUUUGGGAGAUUGGGCGACUUGGGUGGCAUUGAUGCGAAGUACGACGUAGCGAUAUCGACAUGCUGUGGUGCGCUCGACAACAUAGUGGUGGAAAGUGUGGAAGCAGGCCAAGCGUGUCUCGAACAUCUCAAGCGGCAUAAUGUCGGCCGAGCGACAUUCAUAGCGCUCGACAAGCAACAACAUUUAAUUCAAAACUACGAGAGAAGGGUUACCUACCCAGAAAACGUGCCACGUUUAUUUGACCUCGUGAAAGUGAAAGAUGAGCGUGUGUUGCCCGCCUUUUACUUCGCACUACGGGACACUCUGGUUGCUACCGACCUGGAGCAAGCUUCACGGAUAGCUUACGGCCAAACGAGAUAUAGGGUGGUCACUUUAAAGGGUGACGUCAUCGAGAUUGCUGGUACAAUGUCGGGCGGUGGCAAGACGACGAUGCGCGGCCGCAUGUCGAGUUCCGUACAACAGGACACCAGCGAACAAGAUCCUAGAGCCUUAGAAGCCAGCGAGAACAAACUGGCUACACUCGAUCAGAGGUUAACUGAAUUACGCAAUGAACAAGUAGAAUUAGAAGACUCCAUGGUGACAGUACAACGCAGUGCGCGCGAGGGCAAGACUACACUCAACAAACUGAGUAUAGAGUUGAGAAGUUUAACUGAACAAGUGCCUUUAUUAAAGAAUCAAAUAAAACAACAAGAAAAUAAAGCGGCGUCCAGCAAAGUAGACGCAAGACAGAAAGCGAAAUUAGAAGCCACGCUGAAAACAGCUGAAGAGAAGCUUGAGAAAGCUAAACAUGAUGCGGGAGAGGUAGAAAAAGAAGUUCACGGUGUCGAUGCCCAAAUAACAGCUGUAGCAGGUGGGAAGGUGAAGGACUUACAAAAGACAGUAGAUGAACUCGCUAAGAAAAUAGACAAAGUGUCUACAGAGAUUACUAAGUUGAAGGUCGCUAUUAAUACUAGCAUAAGAAAUGCAAAAAAAUCAAAAGACAAAAUAAAUCAAAUGGAGGGUGAUCAAAAGGAAACAGAGAAGAAUUUAGAAAGCUUAAGUAAUCAGAAAAAGGAGCUAACUCUGGAAAGUUCUAGACUGCAGAAGGAAAUGGAAGAGUUAGAAGAACAAAUAAGCGAUGGUUCCGGCGAGUUUACAGAAUUGAAACAAGAGAUAUCAAAGCUUCAGAGCAAAGAGAACAAGAUAAAGGGCGAACGACUCGAGGCCAAUAAUGCUGUUAAUAAAGUGGAGAAAUCUAUACAGGAUUGCAAAAGCAAAACACCAAUGUGGGAGAAAGAGUUAACGACGUUAAAACUAGAGGAUCCAGGUUUGGACAAUAUCCCCGGUAUAGAGAGACCGGAACCUUUAGAGCGGCACACUGCUGAGGAAUUGGAGAAUGUGGCAGUUGACGAGUUAAGGAACAGACUCUCAGCACAAAAAGCCAGGCUGGGAGAUGCCAAACCUAAUAUACAAGCUAUACAGGAUUACCGAACAAAAGAGGAGUUAUAUUUGAAGAGAGCGGCCGAACUGGAUGAAAUCACAACCAAACGUAACGAAAUGAGAGCUCUCUAUGAUCAGUUAAGGAAGAAACGCACUACGGACUUCUUAUCAGGUUUCAACACUAUAACAACGAAACUAAAAGAAAUGUAUCAGAUGAUAACUUUGGGUGGUGAUGCGGAACUCGAGCUGGUGGAUUCCUUGGAUCCAUUCACAGAGGGCAUUAUAUUCAGUGUACGGCCACCAAACAAGUCGUGGAAGAACAUAUCAAAUCUAUCAGGCGGAGAGAAAACACUAUCUUCGUUGGCGCUAGUAUUCGCGUUACAUUACUAUAAGCCAACUCCACUUUACGUGAUGGACGAAAUAGACGCAGCGUUGGACUUCAAGAAUGUAUCCAUCGUUGCUAAUUAUAUUAAGGACCGCACCAAAAACGCGCAGUUCAUAAUAAUCUCCCUAAGGUACAACAUGUUCGAGGUAUCCAAUCGACUGGUAGGCAUUUACAAGACGGAAGAUUGUACGAAAUCUGUCACCAUCGAGAAUAAAGUGCCUGAACAAAUCGGCCGCGAUGUCGCUUGAAGUAUACAUCAGUAGUAUUUUUAUUUUUAUAAUACAUUUUCUACAGUUCGCGGUAAAUAACUUGAAUGAUGCUUUUUUACAUAUAUGUAACUGGUAUAACAAGCUGAUGGCGCGUGAUGGUAAGUGGCCCUUAUAUAUGUAUAUACGUAAACAUUACACGUGAAAUGUUCGUCGUACCACUCAAGCGUUCUCAUUCAGAUUACUAACGCUAUGUAGUCGGGCAUUUUUCCUCCAAAUGGCUGCAUACCGAAAGUGUUUUUUUAAUUUUCGUAUCAACAUUACUUUCUGUAUAUAUCUACUUAAUAUUUUUGUUUACAAAUUUCCUUCGACUUGGUACCACUUCGCAUAACAGAACGAGUACGAACAGUACUCGUUUCCCGCAAUGUGUUAAUAUGUGAAGUCUCCGUACUCUGUAAUUUGUACAUAAAUUGUUACUGUGCAGGUCACGUGGUAUUGAAAUCGUGCUCAAGUUAUUUACCAGUACUUAAAUGAGUACACCUUUAAGGUACACUGUCAUAUUUGAAAUGUUCUAAUAUUUUUGAAAUGCAUCAUAAAUAUAUGAGAUUGUAAAAUCUUCCAGUAGCUAGAUCUGAUGAAUUCGAACCAGUAUCUAUUAGCCAAAAUAUAGGAGCUACUAGCAGCAUGUCAUAUGGAUAGAUGUUAAUAAUCAUAGUAAUUUCAAUAUGCAUUUCAUUCCAAUCCAGUAUCAACAUGAAGCAUAAUCGUAAACCAAUUAAAUCGCUAAUAAUGACAGUUCUUCCAUUGGACCAGGAAAAUGAUUACUGUAGUGCUAAUGCAUCAUUCAAGAUUGUAAAAAGACGCGAGAAAAUAUUCAAUCUAAUGAUCGGAUCGGAAUUAAUUUCUAGUUAAUUCCAACGCUGAGAGAUUUGGUGUCGAAUCUCACAUAAAAAAUCCAUUUAAUGUAUAAUAAAAUUGUAAUAUUUUAUAAGAAAUAAAACAAAUAAAUAAUUAACGUUAUUUUAAUAUAUUUGAUACAUGCUCAUUACAUUAUAUAAAUAAGUCACGUUACACACUGUGGCAUAUUACAUUAUCAAUAAUCACAUACAAGUUUUUCGUUUAGUUAUAAAGACAGAUUUGAAAAAUUAUUUCAGUACAUAUUUAAUAAGCUAUUGUAGAACUUCAUAAUAAAUUCAAAAUAUUAGCUAUAUUGCUUACAAAAGCAACAAGCAAGUUUGUUACUCAAAUUUGCAAUUGCGAAUGAGUAUGAUAUAAAAAACGAUAUUUAAAAGUGCUUAUAUAAGGUUAAUUGAAAAAGAUUAUAUAAAGGUGGUAUGACACAAUGUGAUUCAUAAUAUAAUAUUACCCUAAGAUACAUGUAACGUUAUAUAAGUUAAUAGUGUAACAUUGCCUUAAUGGCAUACAACUUUACCGAACAAGACGAUAACAUUGGGCCAAUAUUCUAAAUAUACAUAUAUUUAUAAUACCAAUUCCAAAUAUAUACAUUUACUUGCCAUCGCCUUUGCGCAGUUACUGCAUUAUUUUCCCUGUACAUAGUAAACAAGUGCUUUAAAAGCUUCAUUUCAGAUUUUAUUUCAAUAUCACAUUGUAUUGAAUUUAUCCUUUCUAAUUGUCUGUCGGUAUUACCGUGGAUGCUCACGAUUUUAUCAAUACAUGUUUAUCAUAAUAUUAAAGUAUCUUUACGACUUGUAAACAAAUUACCUCGUAUAACUAUUUGACAAUGUUUCAGGUAACAUUGUCAAAUAUUGAUGUCUUGGUGAACUAAAGACUUGUCCACAUUUUUCAUAUUUUGAAUCUAAUGUGGCAGGACGAUCAUACCUUUGUACAUAAAAUAAUAUAAUUAUCGGUCUUUCGACCUUAAGCCAGUAAUGUGAAUGAACAUGUUUUUUUUUCGCCUUUUUUAAUCCACGCAUUUCGUUGUAGUUUAAAAGUGGUGUAUAUAGAUAUUUUGACUUACUAUGGUGGGAACCCUAACACAUAUACUUUAUUCAAGAUUAACACAUUUUUAUAUAGGUCAAGUGUCUGGCUUAAAUAGUCAAAUAAAAAAUUCGUUAAUAUCAGGUUAGAAGAAAGGAUGUAAUACUAGUAAUAUGUAUUGAACGAUAAAUUUUGAUUUGUGUGCUAUACGUCUAAUCACUUUUCGCUGACUUUUUUUAUAUCUAAUACCAAUCCAUCACUGUAAAGUUAAAAAUAAACAUAUACACUACUUUAAAGAACAUAUAUAAAUCGGCCCUAUUUAUACGUUUAGUAAUAUUUAAUUACGUGUGAAUUAAUAAAAUAGUAAAUUAGGUAUUGAAAAUAUUAAUAAUAAAUAAGAAGCAUUUUUCUCAACUAUGUUGACCCAUGUAUUCUGUGAAGAUUUCAUUCCAAAACGCCCCCUUAUUUUUACGUGAAAACUUAAUAACAGACAAGAUAGUUAUCGCCUCUUACGAUUAUACGAUUUCAUGUAAAGAUGAAUAAAAUAAAUAAUA